GCGUAUUACUAGCCAAACAGACGGGACUAACGCGUAUGCUAGUUUGAACCCCUCAAUGGUCGGGAUUUAUGCAGUAAAAUCUGAAGUCAUCUGGUUUUAUACGACGGUUACGCUUCGUGAUUUUGUUCACAUUUAUUUCAAUAUAUAUUCAGUAACGUAAAGUUUGUACGAUUAAUAAGCAGCAGACAACGAGUGGCGAAAAACCGCGUAUUUAUCUGCAACCCGGAAUCGCUGGCUACUACUGUUCGACUUAGCUAACGCUACAUAGCAUUAGCAGGACAGACCGGAGCCCAGGCCCGGACUCGCAUACAACAAGGGAUUUUGGCUUUUGUAAGUUUUGGGCACGUUUAAACGUAAUGGCUUGUGGGGCUACUCUGAAAAGGACUCUGGACUUUGACCCGUUAAUGAGCCCGGCUUCCCCUAAAAGAAGGAGGUGCGCCCCUAUCAUGUCUCCGGUCUCCUCACCGCAGAAAUAUCUGCGUAUGGAGCCCUCGCCUUUCGGGGAAGUGUCGUCCAAACUAACAACAGAGCAAAUCCUACACAAUAUUAAACAGGAGUACAAACGGCUGCAGAAACGUCGACACCUGGACAGUGGUUUCCAGCAGCCAGAUGGCUGCUGUCCUCUGGACCUUCAGAACCUUCAUGGUGGACCAGCCCUACCAGGUAUGUCCUCAGGUGCCUCAUCUCCCUUCCGGAAAGAACAGCCGUUAUUUUCCCUCAGACAGGUUGGGAUGAUCUGCGAAAGACUACUGAAGGAGCGAGAGGACAAAAUCCGUGAAGAGUAUGACGAGAUACUGACAACAAAGCUUGCAGAGCAAUAUGAUGCUUUUGUCAAAUUCACACAUGAUCAACUGAUGCGACGGUUCGGAGAGCAGCCUGCAAGCUAUGUUUCCUGAGUGUCAGCGUCUGACUUCAGGGAACACCAUUUGCUGCAAGCUGCUCCAGGGACUCUGUGGGUCUAGUUGGACUUGUUUUUCUAGCUGUGCCAUAUCGCCUCUAUGUGGACUCACUGCCUCAGGCAUCAGUUAGUGGCAUCGUUUGCUGUUGCUCCCACAGUUAGGAGGCCUUCUUGCUGCCGACAUAUCCAAGAACUCUGACUCUACCAGUGGCCUCUUAACUGCCGUGUCAAUAUUUAUUUGGCUGUGUUCUAAUGGCUUUGUAAAAAGCUGACUGCCAUCACACACUUGGCCUUUUGAUUUUCUUUAGUUUUUGUCGUAUUGAGUUAUUUUACAGAGAGAAUGUUAGCUGUGCAGCUUUUCUAUAUGUACUUUUUAAAUAAAAGGGAUUGGACAAAGGCAGCUUUCAGACUGGACUUUAGGAACAGUUGUCUUCGCUUCUUUAAACAUUGAACUGUACUGGUGAUUACUAUUGCAUUUGUAUACACUGUAAUUUGUUUUCUUAUUUUUUGCUUGACUUUUGUUCAUUGUACCAAGAUUUCACAAUUUUAUUUGCUGAAUGCGUAAAGGUGCUUCGAUACAAGAAAAGCAAUGAAUAAAGUCUUUACACAAGCA